UACUGCCACUGUGAUAGUGUUCUCUCUCUAGCGAUUCUGAUGAGUUGCGUGUCCCCUCAUUGUUUCUUACUAGAGACAGUGGAAAUCUACUCAUCCCAAUCCAAAAUCGCUGUUCUUUUUGUUGUUUUUCUUUUCAAAUUUAUAUAUUUAUUUAAUUUAAAGAACAGAAAAAAGAACGAGGUUUAUCAUCAUUAUCAGUGUCUCAGAUCAGAUGGCUUCUUCUUCUUCUUCUUCUUCUUCUUCUUCUUCUUCAAUUUACUCUCAAAUUUCUCUGAAGGUUGGCCGGUCCUGGCAACUCCAUUCUACUCAUGAUGGGGUACAGCGGCGUGUCAUAUCCGUUGGUAUUGGAGGUUCGGAUACUGAAUUGUUUGGAACAAGAGUGGUGGAAACGAUCGGGACAAAGCUAAGCAACAAAUGGAGUUUUGCUGGUGGAUCUAGAUUUGUUGUCAUAUCGGAUGUUCCUAAAUUAAACCCCUUUAGGAAAUGCUGUGGAGUUUCUGCUUCUUGGUAUGCAGGCUCUCAAAUUGCUAGCAGCGCGUUCACUCUAGGAACAGUUGCUGUUCUUCCAUUCUAUACCCUCAUGGUUCUAGCCCCAAAAGCCGAGUUGACAAAGAAAUCUGUGGAGAGUGGUACACCAUAUGUCGUCCUUGGUCUACUGUAUGGAUAUCUGUUAUACCUAUCUUGGACGCCUGAUACCAUUCGGAUGAUGUUCGCAAGCAAAUACUGGUUGCCUGAGCUGCCAGGUAUAGCGAAGAUGUUCUCCAGUGAGUUGACGUUAGCAUCUGCAUGGAUUCACUUGUUGGCUGUCGAUCUCUUUGCUGCAAGGCAGGUGUUUCUUGAGGGCCUGGAGUUUGAUGUCGAGACCAGGCAUUCAGUUUCUUUGUGUCUGCUUUUCUGCCCAAUUGGAAUAAUUGUUCAUGUAAUGACAAAGUUAUUAACAAAAAGAUCCAGUAAUACCUAGCAAUGCAUGUAAUAGUCUCAAUAAAUUAUCGCAGAAUCAAUGAACUUGAGUGAGAAUCAUAUUUGACAACACUUUUGAGCUAAAUUUUGUACAGAAACAAGGAUCUUUUUCUUUCUAGGAGAUGCUGGUUUUACUUUUUUAUGUACUGAAAUUGAAAUGAUGCCAUGGCUGGCUUUUAACAUAGUUUUUAUUUUCUAGAG